AUGCCCAACUGCUUUAAAAAGACCUUGUUUGCCUUGGCUUCUGCAUUGAGUUUUGUGUCUUUUCUCUUGAUUGUCAUUGCUAUGGGGAUCCAAAAGUGGAUGGCUGGCAAAAUCCUUUGUAAAACAGGAGCUGAUUUGGUCAACGCCACAGAUCCAGAGCUAGUCAAGUUCAUUGGAGAUAUUCACUAUGGACUCUUUCGGGGGGAAAAAAUACGACAAUGUGGUUUGGGUGGACGGCUUUCCAAAUUCACAAUCUUCCCGCAUCUGGUGAAAAAGCUGAAUGCAGGCCUUCAUGUGAUGAUUUUAAUCUUCCUUUGUGCGGCCAUUUCCUUUGCUCUGGUCAGUUUUGGAUUCUGCAUUCUCAAUGCAAUAAAAGUUCCAUACCGAGCUAUUAAAGGUCCAGCCGGUAUAUGCCUAUGGAAUUUACUUGCAGGAGGCUUUACAGCACUGGCAGUCACUAGCUUUAUAGCUGCUGUUAAACUUCAUCGCCUCACAGAAAGAAUUGCCAAUUUCCAGGAAAAUGUCUUUCAGUUUGUAAUUUUGGAAGAACGGUAUGAAAGCUCCAUUUGGCUUUGUGUGGCUAGUGCUACAUCUCAUGUAGUAAAUUUGUUGCUAAUAGCCAUAAGUGGGGUUCAUUUCCCUGAAUUCAAGACUAAAACAGAAGAGGCGACUGUUACAGCAGAAGAUAUCAUGUACUGA